AUGUUCAAGAAGAAACCCACUUUCAAACCACUCUCCCCUCUCCGCUCUUCUGACCGGCGGAAGAUAGCAGACCAGAUUAUCCAACAAUUCAAAAUCGAAAUACCCACCACCCCCGCUGCCCCUUCGAAAGAGGAACACCCUGAGGUCCCGCAAAAUGAUGCCGCAACCAGCCUUACGGCGCUCCGCAAAUCCCUUCUCCCAGAGAAUACCAUGUCCGCGCGGUUUGUGACUACCGCAGGACCCGACCUGACUCCUGUCCAGGGCACGGUCUAUGUCGGUUCACAUGCUGACGGUGGCGACGAGCGAAUUCUCUGGGUACGCCCGGAGCAAGGUGCAGGCACUGAUGGACGUCUAUAUCCUACGGUCUAUACACUAUGGCACCACCCGCGCCUCGUCCCUUUAUUGCAUACCCCAAGUCUAGUGAUGGAUAAGCUAUACGGGGGCGCAGAUCUGAUGACUCCAGGCUUAGCCAAUGGGCCACCGUUUCCUGAGCGGGCAGUCAAGGGGGAAAUAGUCGCGGUCGCGAGCUUGGCGAAGCCUAGUGUGCCGACGUUCGUGGGUGUGUGCGAAAUCGACGUGGCUGGGCUAGGCCAGGUGCAGGGGGCGAAGGGACAUGCUGUUAAAGGGGUGACGUGGGAAGGGGAUGAGCUGUGGAGUUGGGGUACUCUGGGAAGACCCGGUCAGCCGUCGCCGGAGCAUAUUGAUGGUUGGCUGGAUGAUGGCACCAGAGUGGAAAAGGAUUUCGAAGAAUUGAGGUUGGAAGAUGAGAAAGGUGAUGUUGAUGUCGACGGUGAGGAAGAAGGCGGUGUAUCGCUGGGUGGGGAUAAAGCGGAGGAAGACAACGCGAUCCCAGAGGAACAAUUGGAGGAACCGACUACCAAAGAAAUUGAGGCGGUAUUUCACAACGCAUUCCUCUAUUGCCUUUACCAACAUAAAAUUGACAACCCAUCCACACCCCACCAUGGAAUUGCAUUACCUAUCCAAGCGUCUUUCUUGAUAUCUAACCUGAUAACGCCAUUCCUACCAAUAUUCUCACCUCAUCAAGCUCAAUUUUAUAAUAUUAAAAAGACAUCGUGGAAGAAUGUGAAGAAAUUCAUCAAGCAUCUUGACAAGGAAAAGCUGGUUAAAGCUAAAGACCGCAGCGGCGGCGAGACGAUAAUUUUGGAUGUGGAUUUUGAUGACACCCGAGUUGUCAAUUUCGUUCCAUAUAAACUUCCCAAAAAGAAUAGCUCAGAAAGUGCUGCCAAAUCUAUUUCGUUGGGAGGAAAUGACAAAGAUUCUUCAACGGGGCAGUCAUUCACCGUGAAAACACUAUAUCGACCAAGCGGAAAACUUACCCCCGUCUUAUUCCCGCCGUUGUCGAACAGCGAUGUGAAUAACUACUACACGACCGCUGACGUUUCAAAACGACUCAACGAUUAUCUCACAGCCCAAGACCCUCCCAUAAUCUCCCCCACGAACCCACGCAUUAUAUCCCUCAACCCAUUCAUCAGCAACACCAUCCUCUCCUCCUCCGCCGAUGAUCUCGCAAUUCUCAAACGCGGCACCAUCCAACGUGAUGCUAUCCUCCGGCGCCUCCUCGAAGACCCUUCGCUCUGCGCCCCUUAUCACGCCAUGCUGAAGCCCGGCCAGACGCUCCACGACGUGAAGCCAAAGGCAGGCCCUGGACCCAAAGUCACAGUGACCAUCGAGCGGCGCACGGGCUCAAAGGUGGUUACCAAGAUUACCGGCUUAGAACCUUUCGGUGCCACGCCGCAGCUGUUGGCGGAUGAGCUGCAGAAGAAGUGCUCGAGUAGCACGAGCGUUUCGCAAGCCGUAGGAGCGGCGAAGGGGGUGAUGAGUGUGUUGGUUCAGGGCGAUCAUCGGAAACUUGUGGAAGCUGCGCUGGCUAAUCGGGGGGUGAAGUCUCAGUGGAUAGAGAUUGUUGAUAAGUCUCAAAAGAAGGGAGGCAGAGGAAACUGA